AUGGCUAGAGAACUGAGAAAAAAUGCAGCCCCGGACGCCCAGUCUGCGGAGGAGCAGAGCGGGCUCCUGAUGGUAAAGGUGGAGAAGGAAGAAGCCUCCGCCGCAAGCUCACCCAGUAGCCCGGCUCUGGGCUCGGAGUGUUCCCGCCAGCGCUUCCGAGGCUACCGCUACUUGGAGGCUCCGGGGCCCCGCGAGGCACUGAACCGGCUCAGAGAGCUCUGCCAACAGUGGCUGCGGCCUGAGAUGCACAGCAAGGAGCAGAUCCUGGAGCUGCUGGUGCUGGAGCAGUUCCUGACCAUCCUGCCGGGGGACCUGCAGAGCUGGGUGCGGGAGCAGCAUCCGGAGAGUGGGGAGGAGGUGGUGGUGCUGUUGGAGUAUUUGGAGAAGCAGCUGGAUGAACCGAUGCCGCAGGUAGAAAGAACAGGUUUAGUCCCAUGUGGUGACCAGAGGCAAGAACUGCUGUGUUGCAAGGUAGCACUGUUGACAACAGCUCAGGGACCUCAAAGUAGCCAAUUCCAGCCAAUGAAAGCUCUGCUCAAGCAUGAAUCUCUGGGAUCUCAGUCCUUACAAGACAGAGUUCUCCAGGUUUCUGGGCUUACCCAGGGGGGUUGCUACAGAGAAGAAGCGGUGGUAGCUUCUAGGCUCAUCCCAGAAUCCCAGGGGAUGUUGAAAAUGGAAGAUGUGACCCUGACCCUCUCUCCUGGGUGGACACAGCGGGAUUCAUCUCAAGUGAACCAUGGCAGCCUGGUCCCUCUGGGUGGUGAGAUACAGACUAAGAUCAGGGACUUACCUCCAGCUGAGGAGCUUCCAGAAAAACAGCCUGGGCAGAUACUGUGCCACCUGAGUGAAGACACUGUCGGAAUUCCUACAUAUGCUAAAGCUGGUGAACAGGAGGGCAGGCUGCAAAGAAAGCAGAAAACUGCCAUAGGGGGGAGGCGACAUUAUUGCCAUGAAUGUGGAAAGAGUUUUGCCCAGAGUUCGGGCCUAACUAAACACAUGCGAAUUCACACUGGAGAGAAACCCUACGAAUGUGAGGACUGUGGGAAGACCUUCAUUGGGAGCUCUGCCCUGGUCAUUCAUCAGAGAGUCCACACUGGUGAGAAGCCAUAUGAGUGUGAAGAAUGUGGCAAGGUCUUCAGUCACAGCUCCAACCUUAUCAAACACCAGAGAACCCACACUGGGGAGAAGCCCUAUGAGUGUGAUGACUGUGGGAAGACUUUCAGCCAGAGCUGCAGCCUCCUUGAACAUCACAAAAUUCACACCGGGGAGAAACCAUACCAGUGUAAUAUGUGUGGCAAAGCCUUUAGACGGAAUUCACAUCUCCUGAGACAUCAGAGGAUCCAUGGCAAUAAAAGUGUUCAGAAUCCUGAGCGUGGAGAGGCUUGGGAAAGUCAGGAUAGGAUGGAAAGCCAGUGGGAAAGUGUUGAAACUCCUGUGUCCUAUAAAUGUAAUGAGUGUGAAAGAAGUUUCACUCAGAAUAGAAGCCUUAUUGAACAUCAAAAAAUCCACACUGGCGAAAAACCUUAUCAGUGUGACACAUGUGGAAAAGGCUUCACACGAACGUCAUACCUUGUUCAACAUCAGAGAAGCCAUGUAGGGAAAAAAAUUCUGUCACAGUGA